AGCCGGACGAGCGCCACAUGCGAACAAGUGUAUAGCUAUUCAGUCAGUACUCAGUGUUCGACAAGUGCGGAGCGCAAAAAUACAAAGUUCAUAUUAUCAGAAAAUAGUACUCAAUUAUCGGCAGAAAAAUGUCCAGAAUUGUGAAGAAAUUGGUCAGCACCGCCAACGCCGCCAAGCCGGUGGCACCGUACAAUCAAGCGGUCAUUGCCGAUCGUACUCUCUAUGUAUCCGGUUGCUUAGGCCUGGACAAAGAUACGAUGCAACUGGUGCCGGGCGGCAUUACGCAACAAACGGAGGUGGCCUUGAAGAACUUGUUGGCUGUCUUGGAGGCCGCCGGCUCGAGUGUGGAUAAUGUGGUCAAGAACACGGUAUUCAUAAAGGAUAUGAAUGAUUUUGGCGCGUUCAAUGACGUGUACAAAAAAGUUUUCUGCAAAAACUUCCCCGCCCGCACCUGUGUACAAGUAGCUCGUCUGCCACUCGAUGCUUUGGUCGAGAUUGAGAGCAUUGCUUUGAUCGGUGAUGUCGUUAUUCAGUCUUAAUUUUUAAAUUCGUUACAAAUUAAGUUUUAAAUAAAAAUUAACUCUGUUGUGCAACGAAUUUAAUAAACACAAAGUUUCUAGCA